CAGCAUGACCAGCCAGUCUCAGGGAAUCCAGCAGCUUUUGCAGGCAGAAAAACGUGCCAAGGACAAACUGGAGGAAGCCAAAAAAAGAAAGGGUAAAAGGCUGAAGCAGGCCAAAGAAGAAGCCACAGCCGAGAUAGACCACUACAGACUACAGAGGGAGAAGGAAUUUAGAAACAAGGAAACAAAUGUAAUGGGCUCCCAAGGUAACCUCUCUGCCAAAAUAGAAGAGCAAACAACAGAAGCCAUCCGAAACCUCACAAGCAGCUACCACAGGAACAUGGAGGGCAUGAUGAAAAAGCUCUUGAGCACAAUAUUUGACAUCAGCCCUGAAAUUCACCCAAACUUCAGACCUGCAGUUUAA